AUGGGUAAGGAAGACAAGACUCACAUCAACGUCGUCGUCAUUGGCCACGUCGACAGUGGCAAGUCCACUACUACCGGCCACUUGAUCUACCAGUGCGGUGGUAUCGACAAGCGAACCAUCGAGAAGUUCGAGAAGGAAGCCGCUGAGCUCGGCAAGGGUUCCUUCAAGUAUGCCUGGGUUCUUGACAAGCUAAAGGCUGAGCGUGAGCGUGGUAUCACUAUCGACAUUGCCCUCUGGAAGUUCGAGACUCCCAGAUACUAUGUCACCGUCAUUGACGCCCCCGGUCAUCGUGACUUCAUCAAGAACAUGAUUACUGGUACCUCGCAGGCCGACUGCGCUAUUCUCAUCAUUGCCGCUGGUACUGGUGAGUUCGAGGCUGGUAUCUCCAAGGAUGGCCAGACUCGUGAGCACGCUCUGCUCGCCUACACCCUUGGUGUCAAGCAGCUCAUCGUUGCCAUCAACAAGAUGGAUACUGCCAAGUGGGCUGAGGACCGAUUCAACGAAAUCAUCAAGGAGACCUCCAACUUCAUCAAGAAGGUCGGCUACAACCCCAAGACUGUUGCCUUCGUCCCCAUCUCCGGUUUCCACGGUGACAACAUGUUGGCCCCUACUGCCAACGCUCCUUGGUACAAGGGCUGGGAGAAGGAAACCAAGGGUGGCAAGGUCACCGGCAAGACUCUCCUUGAGGCUAUUGACGCCAUCGAGCCCCCCAAGCGUCCCACAGACAAGCCCCUCCGUCUCCCUCUCCAGGACGUCUACAAGAUCGGUGGUAUUGGAACUGUGCCCGUCGGCCGUAUCGAGACUGGUAUCAUCAAGCCCGGUAUGGUCGUCACCUUCGCCCCCGCUGGUGUCACCACUGAAGUCAAGUCCGUCGAGAUGCACCACGAGCAGCUUACCGAGGGUGUCCCCGGUGAUAACGUUGGUUUCAACGUGAAGAACGUAUCCGUCAAGGAAAUCCGACGAGGAAACGUCGCCGGUGACUCCAAGAACGACCCCCCUGCUGGCUGUGAUGACUUCACCGCCCAGGUCAUCGUUCUCAACCACCCCGGUCAGGUUGGUGCUGGUUACGCCCCUGUUCUUGACUGCCACACUGCCCACAUUGCCUGCAAGUUCGCCGAGCUUCUGGAGAAGAUUGACCGACGAACGGGUAAAUCUGUUGAGAACAACCCCAAGUUCAUCAAGUCUGGUGAUGCCGCCAUCGUCAAGAUGGUUCCCUCCAAGCCCAUGUGCGUUGAGGCUUUCACUGACUACCCUCCUCUGGGUCGUUUCGCCGUCCGUGACAUGCGACAGACCGUUGCUGUCGGUGUCAUCAAGGCCGUCAACAAGAGCUCAAAGAGCGGCAAGGUCACCAAGUCCGCCGCUAAGGCCACUGGCAAGAAAUAA